CUCAUACAUGUCUACACGGUUGAAUAGCUCCUUCAUGUAUGGCGUUACUUUGAAAUCUCUGCAACAUUUUCCUUGGAACUGGAAGUGUGAGCGAACUCUAAUAAUUGCGUCAUCAUUUCAGAACCGAGCCAAUUUCUUGAUUUGGUUUUGAGGUUGACUACCGUGGAAAAUAUUCUUUCAACGACAACAGUGCUCGUUGGUGUUGUGAGGUAACAUGGAGGAGAAUCAAUUUAAGAAAAAGGAUGCCAUUCCUCUUCAACUGCCCCCUACAGAAAUAGCUGCUGACACUACUUCUGUUACUACUGUUGAACAGAGCUCUGACACUGGUGGUGAUGUUGCGUACUCAGACACUGGUGCUGCUGCUGCUGCUGCUGAACAGAGCUCUGAGGGUGGUGCUGUUGCUGACUCAGGAACUGGUGAUAAUGAUACUGCUGCUGAACAGAGCUCUGAUACUUGUGGUGCUGUUGCUGACUCGGAUAUUGGUGGUGAUGAUGCUGUAAAUGAUUCACCCCCCAACUUGAAAUUUUAUGAAAAAUUAAGAGAAAAGAGGAAAAAAAAGGUUCUUGCCGAAAAUAACUCCUCUAAUUAUCUACCCCUGUGUGGAGAUUCUAUUUUUGAACAAAUUAAUGCCGCUACUAGUGUAUCUGUACCUGUCGAUGCUACAGAUGGCUACGGCUACUACAUCACCACGGGCACGGGUGGUACAAUUAGGCCCAAUACACCAGGUCCAGAUAAGGCAAUUCUCUCUUAGUUGAUAGAUUGUACAGACUCCAAUACCAAAUGUUAAAGUAUGUAUGGAAAAAACUACAUUUUUGUUUUAUAAUUUUAU